AACAUUAAUAUGGCUAUGGCUACACAUGCUCCAACUUGAUCGUAUCUGAUCAGACGAGCAGAGAUGAAGCCAUGGAGGAAUCCUAUUAACAAAACUAGUGGACAAUCACAAAUAAGGGAGCUAUGCAUCCAAUUUUCUUGUAAUGGUGGGCUAUACGACAAUUCAACAAGACAUUUAUGAGUUUUUUUGAAUGCAUUUGUCUUGUACUAAGGAAAUGAGAAGAGCAGAAACAUCAAAACAAUGGUAAGAGCAUAUACAACAGGGGGUGGGAGCUUGAGAUUGCGCAGGGAGCUUCAAAAAUUUUGGGGUGAAGGGAUGGAGCAUUCUUCCUGCUGGGUUUGCCAACUUCUUUGGGUGUUGAAUUUUUGUUUAAUUUUAGAGUUGAACACGCCGGGCUUCCCGGCCGUUCAAGCAUGUUGGAGCCGGCCUAUGCUCCCUCCUCUGACGACCCUUCCGAAUUCGGCGGUGGUCCCCUCCAUCCGACAGCUUCUAUAGGUGGCGGUGAACGCGGGGGAUCCCAAAUCUGGCAACCUUGUGACCCACCUGCUGCCUCCAGGGAUCUGCCUCCAGGGAUCGGCCUCCGCCUGAUCUGGUUUCCGCAUCGGCAUCCUGGAGCCUGGCGCACCUUCCACAUGGAUAGAUUGAAGGGUGUUCCGUUUAGAUCGCUCAACCGAAGGCCGCUGUAUAGCUACGCCCUUAGUGGUUGUUCGAGUGUCAUGUACACCUCCUUUCGGCCUCUGGAAAUGGGUCUACUCUAGUUUCUUGCUCCUGUUGUAAUCUUACUGUUUAUUAUUCCUGUAGAUGCCGUAUGGCAGUAUUUGAAAUUAACCAAUUUCAUUCUG